UGGGGCUAGCGAACCCCGGGUGCGCCUGCGCAGGAAGUCGAGGCUCAGCGUGCGGGUGGGGUGCCCCUCGCGGGCAGGCACAGGAACAAGGUCGGAGGGCAGAGUCCGCGGAAGCGGCUCGGAGGCCAGGACGGCUGCAGACGUCUGGGUUGGCGAGGAGCCCUGGGGACCCGGCCCGGCCGGGUGCUCCCAGCCUCAUCCAACGCGAUCCUCACGGGAGAUGACCCCCAACGAGGUGCCUGCACCUACGUUCGGGGCGGGCCGGCAGGUUUUCUAUCAGAGGUACCACCAUAAUAAUGCUGGAUAACCCAAAUUUGCUUUUGGAACCAUGAAAAUUUUGCUUGUUUUUGACUUUGACAAUACAAUCAUAGAUGAUAAUAGUGACACCUGGAUUGUACAGUGUGCUCCAGAGAAAAAGCUUCCUAUUGAACUACAAGAUUCUUAUGAAAAAGGAUUUUGGACAGAAUUUAUGGGCAGAGUCUUUAAGUAUUUGGGAGAUGAAGGUGUAAGAGAAGAUGAAAUGAAAAGAGCAGUGACAUCAAUGCCGUUCACUCUGGGGAUGGUAGAACUUUUGAACUUUAUAAGGAAGAACAAGGAUAAAUUUGACUGCAUCAUUAUUUCAGAUUCAAAUUCAGUCUUCAUAGAUUGGGUUUUAGAAGCUACCGGUUUUCAUGAUGUAUUUGAUAAAGUGUUUACAAAUCCAGCAGCUUUUGAUAGCAAUGGUCAUCUCACUGUGGAAAAUUACCAUGCUCAUUCUUGCAGUAGGUGCCCAAAAAAUCUUUGCAAAAACGUAGUUUUAGUAGAAUUUAUAGAUAAACAGUCACAGCAGGGAGUGAAUUAUACACGAAUUGUUUAUAUAGGUGAUGGUGGAAAUGAUGUCUGUCCAGUAACUUUUUUAAAGAAGAGUGAUGUUGCCAUGCCACGGAAAGGAUAUACUUUACAGAAAACUCUUUCCAGGAUGUCUCAAAAUCUUGAACCCAUGGAAUCUUCUGUUGUAGUUUGGUCUUCAGGUGUUGAAAUAAUUUCUCACUUACAAUUUCUAAUAAAGGAGUAAUAUACGAACAAUUGAAAUGUGUAUCAGUUAAGGUUGGGUACAGCAGCAUAAAACUAAAACCUCAAAUACCAGUGGCUUUAAAAGAUUUUUUUUUCCCUCUCACUUAAAAAAAUUUCGGAGGUAAGUAUCACAAGGCUGCUGUGGUGCUCUCCCAACCUCAGCAUUUGGCUCCUAUCUCAUGUUUCAAGAUUGCUGUUCGAGCUCUGUCCCUUGCCUCAACACUGUAGCCAGCAAGAAGGGCAGUGAGUGAGAAGUUUGUACCCUUACUUUCCUUUGGCCGGAACUUAGUCACAGUGCUCCAGCCUAACUGCGAGAAAGGAUGAAAAAUGCAUUAUUCCGGAUGACCAUGUGCCUGGGGAAAAUUGGGGAAAAGAGAAGUACAGGAUUGAGCAUUAUGAAGAAUCUCCACGAGUUCCUGUAAUAUGAAGUUUUUUGCCAACAUCACUUCUGGGACAUCCUCAUUCCUUUUGUCAACAACCGCUUUCCUCACUUAAGUCCCUAAGUUUGCCUGCAGCAAUUUCCACUGACUGUAUAUCUAGACUCUCUCGGAUGGUGGCAGUGUUAACAUACCCUUGGUCAGCUGUUUCUUCUAGUACUUCAUUAUGUUCUAUUCAAAUUUCACGUGUGGCAUUAUCCUUUUCAACUAUUUGCUGAGUUUUCAUUUUUAUUAGCCAAUGUCCUCUUUCAGUGAUCUAUUUUUGUAAAAUAAUACAUUUGUCACUGGCAGAUAACGAGGUAAAACAACCACAGGCUUUGCCGUCUGUGUGUCUUUGCUGCUUGAACUGAAUAACAGAUGCACAGUGACCAAUCACCAACGACUUUGAAAGAAGAAAUAUGAUUGGUCACUGAUAAUGAUGCUCAUCUGUUAUUCAUAUAGUGACUUGUAGAUUGAGGAGCUGGGGGCGAAAUUUGUAUUUUGUGCAGUUACAGUUAAUAUACCACAGUGAUUGAAAUUUGAACCCUGUUUAGGGGAUUGGUGUUAUUUAAGCAUGGUAAGUGAAAUUCAUGCAUGUUGGGUCCAUUUAAAUAAAGAAUUGUCUGUA